AUGCCCGUCUCCAAAACUCUGUCUCGGCCCAUCCUGCUGGCCACCAGGACCAUGCAAUGGAUCAGCGCUGUCAUCACCAUGGGCAUCUAUUCGUACUUCGUCAAGAAACAACAUCAUGGCGUCCACAUCAUCUUCAACGAAGUUAUUGCCGUUCUCUCUGUUGUUUUCUUCCUGCCCGCGUUCCUGUCUCCCUUCAGAUCAACCUUCAGCAAGUUUGUCGUGCCUAUCGACUUCAUCUUUUCUUAUCUGUGGUUGACCGCCUUCGUCUUCGCUGCCCAAAGCUACAGCUAUGGCAAUGUCCGCUUCCAACCUCCUUCCGGUGUCAAUGUCCCCAUUAAGCAUGCUGCCGAGGCCUUUGUCUUCCUGACCUUCUUUUUUACCGCCCUCGGCCUUGCCUUUGAGACUGCCACGCGCUGGACUGACAGGGAUGCCGACGCAGUGGUAGCCCGAGAAAAGCCUGCUGAGACUCGUGCUCCGCUAGAUGCUCCAGCACCAGCGGCCAACGUCUAA